CGACGUGCUGACGUCACGGGCGUGCGUCGCUGUGGAGGAAUGUGCGGAAAGUUGUGUCCACUUUUCUCCGUGCGCUGUUCGUCGAAGGGAGAAGGAAAAGCUACAAACAGAAGCAGAAGUCCAGGAAAAGUUCCGUAGAGUUCGGACGUGAGGAGCCGCUUUCUGUGUGUCGAGGUGAAGCGCUGAACUCCACAUGGCAGUUCAGCCCGUGUUCUCGCUCGACAUGUUCCCCGUGGGCGUUCCUCUGAUGGAGGAUGGGCAGAAUCUCAGCGACAUGCCCAGGAACACGCUGCCCGCCCCUCAGUUGGUGAUGCUGGCAAACGUGGCAGCGGUGACAGCCGCGGAGAGCGGUGGUGGAUGUGACGGUGAGAAGGAGAUGAUGGAGCUGAAAACUGUGGGAGGCAGCUACUCGGACAGCGAGGACGAGAGUGUGAUCAGGUAUGGUUAUGAGAACCAGAAUCAGAGAGAUGCCGGUAUUGAGAAGUAUCCCGAGACUCUGGGCCCAGGUAUCCGCGCCGUGGUUGUUGGAAACAGGACAGAGGAGAAUGAGAACGAGGAUGAGGAAGACAAAGCUGAAGAUCUUUCCUGCCCGCCUCAGCCCCGCUCCUCCUCCUCCGCCACCACCACCAAAACACCACCUCCCCAGAGUGCCAAACGCAAAGACGGUCCUGUUGUGACGGAGAGCACGAAGAAGAAGAAACCAUUCCACUGCAAACCAUGUCACUUCCAGGCGGAAAAUGAGCAGGAGUUUGUGGAUCAUCUUAGCAGCCACAGCAUCAGCAAGAUGAUGGUGGUGAACCGGGUGGAGGGGAGGAGCAAGACCAAGUCAAAGGAGGCAGAAGCACCCGAGGCCCCAGCAGGUGGGGAGGCCGAGAGCGGCGGGGAGGUGGCAGCCAAUGCAGAUGAUAUCAAAGGGCUGAUCAGGUGUGAGCGUUGCGGCUACAACACCAACCGAUACGACCACUACAUCGCCCACCUGAAACACCACAACAAGGAGGGUGAAGACCACAGGGUGUUUAAGUGUACUCUGUGUCCAUACACCACCGUCAGUCAGUACCACUGGAGGAAACACCUAAGGAAUCACUUCCCCAGCAAACUGCACACCUGCAGCCAGUGCUCCUACUUCUCUGACCGCAAGAGCAACUAUAUCCAGCACAUUCGGACUCACACUGGUGUUCGCCCUUUCCAGUGUCCAUACUGCGACUACUCAAGCUCACAAAAGACCCAUCUGACCCGACACAUGAGGACUCACUCAGGUGAGCGUCCUUUCAAGUGCGAGAGCUGUACCUACUUGGCAGCCAACCAACACGAGGUGACUCGACACGCUCGACAGGUCCACAAUGGCCCCAAACCUCUUUCCUGCCCCUACUGUGAGUACAAAACCGCCGAUCGCAGCAACUACAAGAAGCAUGUUGAACUCCACCUCAACCCUCGGCAGUUCCUCUGUCCCCUCUGCAAGUAUGCUGCCUCCAAGAAAUGCAACCUGCAGUAUCACAUCAAGUCUAGGCACUCUGGCUGCAACGUUGCCCUGGAUGUUUCCAAAGUCAAGCUGCGAGUCAAGAAACCAGGUCCAGAGAGUGCAGAGGAAAAGUCAGACUCUGGAGCAAAUAAGCUCGAUGAUUCAUCCAGCAUUGAGGAAGACCUGGACAUGGACAAGGGGGAGGAGGAGUCGAGUCCUAUCAAUCUGUCAAUCAGAAAAAACACUCGGCCCAGUACUGGCCAAUCGGUACAGACCGAAACACCUGACAAGGUUCAGAAGAAAUCAACCAUCACAUCUGAGAAACUGCCAAAGACGAAGGACAAAGUGGAAUCAGAGAAAAAGAUCACAAGACAGAAGAAGGUCGAGAAGGUCACUGAGAGUCCGGUGGAGAACGCACCUGUUAAAGAAAUCCAGACGGAGACAGGAAGUGUAGAGAACAAGGUGAAGAGACGAGCCAAGAAGCUUGCAACAGAGAAAGUAGCUGUUCAGAACCAAGCAGAAGCACCCAUAACCCAGAAAAACCCAGCAGAGACUGAGAAAUCUGACCAGCAAAGACCAGAGGAGGCAAGAUCAGCCAGGCAGAAGCUGGACAAAGAGGAACAAAAAGUGAUGCCUGAGAAAGAGAAAGAAAAUCAGAAGAAUGACAGCAAAAAUGCCAGCAAAGCCAGAAAGUCUGGAACAAAGAAGUCUGAGAAGACCACAGAGCACGUCAAACAAGCUCCACAGAAACCCAAGUGUCCAGAGAAAGGUCAGAAGGAAAAGGUAGUCAAGGAAAAGACCUUAAAGAGGAGAGCUGUGGAGGCUUUAGAUCUUUCCAGCAAGCCCUGCACUCCAUCCAAAACCAGGAGGGUGAAAGCCUCAGCUGUGGAGGAUGUUCAGUCUAAACCUGCCUCACAAGAGACCAGCAAGGUAACUGAGUCCAGUCUGACAGCACACAAGUCCAAUGGGGCAAUACCUGCAAAGCAGAAGAAGACAAGGAGCUCCAACAAGAAAGCCACCAUCCCUCAGCCUGCUGUGGAGCCAGCAGAGGGUGGAGCAACUUCAAUCAACAGUCCAUGCUCAGAGGCUCCUAAAGUUUCUCCUCAUCUGGACAACUCAAAGAAAACUGCUCACAGCGACCCAAAAGAACACAGCCCUGCAGCAAGAACCACCUCCGCAAGUACACAUGCUCCAUCAGAGUCGGAAAAGACUCCGAACAAACCCUCUGAGAAGACGGACAUUUCACCCACCUGCAGCUCCGGUGAGGACACGCCUUCUCCUGCUGAAGAACAACCUGCCCCAACAUUCCUAAAACCCAAGUCACCACCUUCUCUGGUGCUCCCUGGGCAGCGAAGCAAACCCACCGAGCCCGAGGAUGACGAGGGCAUCCACAGCAGCCACGAAGGAGGGAGUGACAUCAGUGACAGCGCCUCUGAGGGCAGCGAUGACUCCGGCCUCAAUGGCAACGGCGCCGGGUCGACUAAGAUGCCCAAUGACCCGGAAACACCCACUGAUGAGAUCCCGACUCCUACUGAGCUAAAGAGUCACAUGUGCAUCUUCUGCGACCGCACGUUCCCCCUGGAGGUGGAGUACCGGCGCCACCUGAACCGCCACCUGGUGAACGUCUACUACAUGGACAGCAGUUCCCAGAAAUGAGGAGCUGUAUCCAUCACACUGUGCAUCUUUAGGACCCAUCUCUGCUUUAAAGUGCAAACACUCCAGUUGUGUGAAAUAAGACUGCACAAACAUAUAAACUGAACAAAUGUCUCAUCAUUUGGUGUCCAAGCACCAACUCUUCAAAUUUAGCAGCUGAUUUCUAUUCAGUUAUCACCAGAUUUGCUCUUGUUUUGCUCAGAUUCCACAGCUUUUGAUUGACUGAUUUGAAGACCUGGAAUCCUCCUCCUGUGGAGUCCUGGAAGAGGUGUCAGGGGGCUGUGUUAGGUGCUCAGACCCUUUUGAACUUUUACAUGCUGGUCUGGUCUGUAGGGUCAGUUUGAGCCGACACAGUGACAUGUACAUAUGCUUUUCUCUCUCUCAGAUCAUGUCCACCUCAACUCUGCUGUAGCACAUACAAUGAAUUUUAACAUCAUAUCAAUUUUCAUGACCGCCACAGAACAUCUGAAGACCUUUUUGAAACCUGUCAGUGUCGUAAAGUCUCCAUGUAGGAAAAAAAAGAUUUUCUAGUGUAAAAGUGGAUUUUUGUUUUCCCCAUUUUUAAAAAAGAGAAAAAGAAAAAACAUUCAGUGCCUUUGACAAUCAGCUGUUGAAAUGUUGCGCUCUUUUUCUCAUUUGUUUUUAUAUUUGUCGUCUGAAGGUUCAAGUCUGCAGAAAAAUGCUUUUCCCCUUUGGUGUGUUCAAACAAAACCUGAAGCAGAGUCGCUGGAAUGUUUUUGGACCUUUUCACAAUCACAAAUAUUAAUAGCCAGUGGGAGGACUGCUGCUUAAUAAACCUCACCAAUACCUGAAGUCAUGUAACAUUCAAAUGAAGUCCUAAGAUUACGCUCCUUAUCAUUUAGCAACUGGCUUUUCCAGCUCAAAGCAAAUCUGUUGAAUUUGCGUUCAGUUCUUCACAACUUUUUCCAAACUUUGUUUGUAAUCAUGCUGCACUUAAACUUCACUUUGCAUUUGGUCUGAACAUGCCAUUUUUGUGUUAGGGACUCUAGUGUCAGGGCCACUUUAUGGAAAAGGUUGAUUAAAACCAAACUAAAUAAUAAGUCUACUUAAAAUAACCAGAUUUUUGAAAGGAUGAAAACCUGCUCACACAAUUAUUUUGUGCUUCCACAAAAAAAUGAUGUGUGUGUGAGUGUGUGUGUGUGUGUGUGUGUGUGUUGAGCAGGCUUCAAACCACACCUGCUAAAGCCAUUAUUGCCAGGUUAGCACCUGAGCCCCACGCCUUCAGGAUCAAACACCAAGUGUCUCACUGUUUCCUGUGGUGGCCUCUCACUAUUUCACACAGAUGUGACCACUGAUGUUCUUGCAUCUGUGCAUUAGCAGCUAUUUGAGUUUGCUCAAAUGUGUCUAACGGGAAUAACUGAAUUCCUGAUACUUUUGACCAGACUGUGCAAAUUUAUCAGCACAGGCCAUAUUAUAGAGGCGCCAACAGGAAGAUGAAUUUUAUUCUCAAAAUUCCUUUUUUUUUUCCUUAGUGGGGCCCUGGUACCAGUUUGUGAAUGCUUUGAGAUGUGAUUGGUUAAAGAUUUGGUUAUUACACCAGCUCUAGUAAAACAUUAAAUUCCAUUAGGGGUUAGGGGUUGGGGGGGUUAUAUUCUUAUUUUUCAUUACAGUUUCAGUGCAAUAUUCCCUUUAGUGGAGACGCCAAAGUGUUUUCUUUCCGACUGUACAGAGUGAUCGUCGUCCGAGGACUGUUAUUAUUACAGAGGCUUAUUGCUAUCAAAUGAAAACGACAUCAUAUGUAUGAGUUACUGCUUGUAAAGGUUUGUGUCAGCAGCAGGUUGUGUAGUUUCUGUAACUUAACGAUGAGGAUGGUGUUAUUUGAUCUUUUUUGUAAUUAAGCUCAUUGGGGCUCAUCGAGUCUUCGAGACCAAGCACUGCCCUCAGUUCUUGGUUUCAGGCAUCUCUAAGCUUAACUGAACUGUGACAAAAAGGUGAAAAUGAUAUUUUUAAAAAAAGGAACUAAAUCUAUUUAGGGCUGCGUUCAGAGGACACUACAUUUAUGUGAGCCCAAAAAUCCGUCCAGUGGGUCCCGAAACAGCUUCUCUUGCUAGUUCACACAGAGAUCAGAAGGUUCUUCCUGCUUCUACAGACUUUGUAUUUUAGUUUCUGUCUUGAAGCCUCAACUGAGCACUUUGGACUCCACCAUGUUGGUUUUUGGAAGCUACAAGGAGAGGGUGGAGUGCUUCAUUAGCCUAUUUUCAGUCUCCAUUCAUCUGCCUGAGAUCUGCUUCACACCUGCAGGUGUACAGCUGAAUAUCAGAGUAACUGAGUGAUGAAAAUGAUCAGAUAAAAUGACACCAACUUUAUCGUUUACAAAGGUUUGCAGUCUGUUUAACAAGAUGAAAUGUCUUCUCCUGUCAGGAGGUUUAAAUCAAAUUAGAAAUGUUUGUCUAACUGUCUGAUGUUACUGUGAGCAAGUUGAGUGCACUCUUCAGCUAAAAACUAACCGAUUAAAGCUUUAAUCUGUAACGUACUUUCUUCUGCUUUUUUGUAAAUAAAGAUUUCCAAACACUA